CGGAGGCCUGCACUGCGCACGCGCAACUCUCGGAACGCAUUUCGCUAAUACUAGACUCCGUUAUACAACAGUCGUGUGUGUACAUCGCUGCUGCUCACUAACUUUACUACUUUCCCAGCUAGGAUGGCAUCGUGCGACUGCCCGAUGUCGCAGCCGGGUCCGACCCUGGCGGCGACGUGCGGCGGAGGGGCCUUCAUGCUGUUCAUGGGACUGCUGGAGGUGUUCUUGCGCAGCCAGUGCGACCUAGAGGACCCUUGUGGACGGACACAGUACCGUAGUGACAUGGAGUCCGUGUACGACUUCAUAGUGGUGGGGGGCGGGUCCGCGGGGUCCGUGGUGGCGGCGCGCCUCGCCGAGGUGCCGCACUGGAGGGUGCUGCUGCUCGAAGCAGGUUUCGACGAGCCGACCGGUGCCCAGGUCCCAUCAAUGUUCCUGAACUUCAUCGGCUCCAGCAUCGACUGGGGCUACCACACUGAGCCGGAGCCCGCCGCCUGUCUCGCGGAAAAAGACAGGAAGUGCUAUUGGCCCAGAGGAAAGGUCUUAGGAGGAACGUCAGUAAUGAAUGGAAUGAUGUAUAUUCGAGGAUCCCAUAAAGACUACGACGACUGGGCUGCACUCGGCAACGAAGGCUGGUCGUACGAGGACGUGCUCCCGUACUUCCUCAAGUCGGAGGACAACAAGCAGGUCGAAGAGAUGGACACUGGGUAUCACGGAGUCGGUGGACCGCUCACUGUCUCGCAGUUCCCUUACCACCCCCCACUCAGCUACAGUUUGGUCAACGCUGGAGAAGAAUUAGGGUACCGGGUGCGCGACCUCAACGGUGAGCAGCAGGCCGGGUUCGCGAUCGCGCAGACCACCAACAGGAACGGGUCGCGGCUGAGUGCGGCGCGCGCCUUCCUGCGGCCCGCCCGCCGCCGCCGCAACCUGCACGUCAUGCUCAACACCACCGUCACCAGGGUGCUCAUAGACCAGACCACGAGGCAGGCCUACGCCGUCAAACUCAGGGACUCCCGCGGAGGAACUCAGCUCGUCUAUGCGAAUAACGAAAUCAUCUUAAGCGGCGGCGCCAUCGGGUCGCCGCAGCUGCUGCAGCUGAGCGGCGUGGGCGAGCCGGGCGUGCUGCGGCGCGCGGGCGUGGCGCCGGUGCACGCGCUGCCCGCCGUCGGCCGCAACCUGCACAACCACGUCGCGCACUUCCUCACCUUCCGCAUCAACGACAACAACACCGCGCCACUCAACUGGGCCACCGCCAUGGAGUAUCUGCUCUUCAGAGACGGCCUCAUGUCUGGCACCGGUAUCUCGGAAGUAACGGCCUUCAUAAACACGAAGUACGCGAACCCCGCAGAAGACCGCCCCGACAUCCAGCUGUUCUUCGGCGGAUUCCUAGCCGACUGCGCCAAGACCGGCAUGGUCGGAGAGAGGCUGGACAACGGCUCUCGCUCCAUACAGAUCAUACCGACGGUCCUGCGCCCCAAGAGCAGGGGGAAACUUGAGAUAUCAUCCGCAGAUCCUUAUGAAUAUCCCAAAAUAUAUGCAAACUACCUGACCCAUCCAGACGACGUCAAAACCCUAGUGGAAGGCAUUAAGUUCGCCAUCAAACUGUCGGAAACGACGGCUCUGAAGCGAUACGGACUGAAGCUGGACAAGACCCCAGUCAAGGGAUGCGAGAAACUAAAGUUUGGAUGUGAUGCAUACUGGGAGUGUGCAGUCAGGAUGCAGACGGGUCCUGAAAACCACCAAGCCGGCUCCUGCAGGAUGGGGCCGCGGGGCGAUCCCGGCGCAGUGGUCGACAACCUACUCCAGGUGCAAGGACUGGACCGGCUGCGCGUGGCGGACGCGAGCGUGAUGCCGAGUGUGACCUCGGGCAACACCAACGCGCCGGUCAUCAUGAUCGCGGAGCGCGCUGCCGACUUCAUCAAGGAGAGGUGGCUCGGCCUCGCGCAGGCUUCAUUCCCAGCGGUGGAGCACGGCGGAGUCUCCAACGUGUUAGCGUCCAGCGACGGAGAGCGACCGACCGUGCGCCCGAAAUGGGACUCAUAGUUCAUCAUAGUCUCGCGCUCACACUACCGCUUAUUGAACUGCCUAAGUACUGCUUGUAAUUACAAAUCGAUAACAAAUUUCAAUGGACGGAACAAAACUACCCAAAUCGACGUAAAUGUGUAAUUACUCUGAGUGAACAGAGGCUUCUUGGAAAGAACACAUUGUAAUUAUAUCUGGCGCAGGCGUUCAGUCAGUGUGAGAUGCAAGGUACGUGACCUUGAGCGUUACCAAAAUUUAUUGUAUCAUACCAUUCACCUGAUAAUAUU